ACAGAAAAUGAAUAAAGAAUAAAAGAACAAUUUAUAUUUUAUUUAUAUUUUUGUAAUUUUUUCACUCAUUCGCUGUCUCCUUUUUCAAAAGAAGAAACUGAAUCCUUCACUCUGUUGAGACUUGGAAGCUUAGUAAUACAAAAUCGCAUGCCAUGGACGCUUUCAGGAAACAAGCUAGCAAGCUAAGAGACCAAGUUGCCAAACAGCAACAGGCUGUAAUUAAACAGUUCAGCGGUAGCGGUUACGAGAGCUCAGAUGUUGUGGUCAUUGAUGAGGUUGAAUUGCAGAGACAUCAACAUAUGGAGAAGUUGUACAGAGCUACCCGUGCCGGCAGGGAUUUCCAAAAAGAAAUUGUUAAAGCAGCAGAAACAUUUACGGCUAUAGCUUAUAAGCAUAUUGAAACAGGUGAAAGUUAG